AUGGUGAAUCGCCGGUCCAGGAAUGCGGCCACCAAAGCUGCAACUCCUCCCCAGACCUCGUCUAACAAGGAACAUCCGAGUGCAAUCUCCAGCUCCACUUCGCUGCACUGGAAAUGGUGCUCGAGUAUUCUGCCGAAUCUGCUGAUAACUGUCGUGGCCCUCGCCGCCGUCUGGUUCGAAGUCACGACAAGUGAAUUUUACGUCCAGUCCGCUGAGCUUCUGUCCCUACUCAAGCGCCUAUUCAUCUUCUGGGUCUGUCUAGCUGUGCGGAUUCAGCUAAAAGACUUCGUGACUCCACCCGAACUAGCCCGUUACGCUCCGUCACUUCGGAAAGAGGGAAGGCGCCAUGUCCGUGCGCUUUUUGCAGCCAUAGUUGCCAAUUUGCUGGGAACGACCAUCAUUCGCCCCGUGUUCGGGGCAGCACCACAGUUCGAAUAUACUGUGAGGCUUGUCGUGCCCAUCUACUUCCUCGUCGAGAUCGUGGUCGAUGGCCUUCGCUUCCCGCUUCCUUUACUCAUGACGAUCGUUGGCCUGAGCGUCAGCUGGCUGAAGGCUGUGACGAUCCCCAAACUUGUCAUGGAGUGGCAGACGACCACGAGUGCCCAUCCAAUCGGGUUUCUUGCUGUUUCUACGGCCAAUUUGUAUGCCAGUGGACUCGUGCUGCGUUAUUUGACAAACUACGCUCGGACGCGUCGUGUGCUGGACUUGUCUGCAGAGACCUUCAUCUUUCUUUUCAGGAUUGUUGGAACCAGCGCUGGUAUUGCCGUUGUGGCAUACGUUGCAAAUCAUCUGGUGUCGGACAAACAACGGCUUUUGGAGGCCCGUGCGCUGUACUUCAUAGUGGCUUGGUUCGUGCUGGACAAGUACUGGAAAAAAGCAGUACGAGAGCUGCUGGUGUCAACGUUCAUAUCGACAAAGAAGUCGAAGUACACGUAG